UUUUAAAGUGCUUCACCUUACACUUAGGAAUGUCCCACCUGGCCCAGCUCUCCACCCCACCUGUGCCCCCCGCCCACCUCUCCAGCCCAGCUCUGCAGCCCACCUGUGUCCCACCUGCCCACCUCUCCAGCCAACCUGUGACUUACCUGUCCACCUGUGCAGCCCACCUGUGUCCCCGCAUGUGUCCCACCUGCCCACCUCUCCAGCCAACCUGUGACUUACCUGCCCACCUGUGCAGCCCACCUGUGUCCCCGCCUGUGUCCCACCUGCCCACCUCUCCAGCCAACCUGUGACUUACCUGCCCACCUGUGCAGCCCACCUGUGUGCCACCUGCCCACCUGUGUGCCGCUGUGUCCUUGGACACCCUUCAUCACUGUGUGAUGCCACAGCUGCUUCCCAUGGUCCCAGGGUUGGUGAUGCUGUGUGGGGGUCUCGCUCUGAUUUGGGUUUGAGUGGGUUGGUCAGGUCCGCGGGCGAGUUGCCGCAGGUGCCGGGGGGUUGAUCGCGGUGACUGACGGCUGUGGUCUGACUGCAGGAUGAGCAGCGAUGAGGAGCAGGAACGACCGCCUUGGUGUCUCUACUUCAAACUCUACUGCUUCCUGGAUGUCCAGAAUGUCCCCAGGCACGGCCUGGAGUUUGUGUUCAUGUUCGAGCAGGCCCAUGAGUGUUUGAUCAGUGGGCACUUCCCUGCACCAGAGGAUACCCUGCGGCUGCUUGCGGCCCUGAGACUGCAGUACCUGCAGGGAGACCAUGCCAAGGGGCCCCUGGACCUGCACCAGGUUUACCCUGUGUGCAGGCUGAGGGCCAAGAUCUUCCAGGCCACCAAAUCCAACAGCCAGAGCCUGGAGAAGAGAAGGACCAGCUUCCUGGAUGGAACGUUACGCCUGGGUCUCCGCACCGGCUCGCUCAGGAAGCAGAAGAUGGAGGAGGAGCAGAUGUUGGAGAUGUGGAUGAGGGAGGAGAUGUCGGCUACCCGGGCGAGCGUGGUGGACAAGUGGAUGAGGUUGCAGGGUAUGAAGCAACAGGCGGCCAUGCUGAGAUACAUGGACAUCGUGAUGGAGUGGCCAGGAUACGGCUCCACACUCUUCGAUGUGGAGUGUAAGGAGGGAGGUUUCCCCAGUGACCUGUGGCUGGGGGUCAGCGCUGACACCGUCUCCAUCUACAAGCGGGGGGAUGCGCGGCCCCUGGAGAGGUUCGGCUUCAAGGAGAUCGCAGCGUUUGGGGCCCCUCAGCCCAGCACCUUCCGGCUGACGGCCGCCGCCCGAGAGAUGUUCUUCGAAACCACGCAGGUGGCUGAGAUCACCAAGAUAAUGAAGGCCCACAUCAGCAACAUCGUCAAGGCAGACAGCGGCGGCAAGACAACGCCAGCGGCCGUCACCGUCACCAGCUGCUAGUCCCACACACCCCCCACCCACCCUGACCAUCCAACCCGCCCUCUGC